AGAACAGCAAGUGCGAGACCACACAUUCCAGCCUGGCUCGAAGAUUACACCAGCUGUCAAGCCAGGGUGAAGGAUCAGUGGCCAGGCAGAGGUCUGCAGAGCAGGCAGACAAGGCCCGUCACCGAACUCCGAAAUGUGAGCUCCAAUGAAUUGGCCCAUGAAGGCAAAGCAGGACCACGCUGGCUUGCACUGGACAAGAAUGGCAGCACCUUCCAGACACUGCCUCCUUCUGAUCGGUGCACUGGGUGUCUUUGCACUUCACCGCUUCGCACAAGGUCAGAAGAACCGCACGCUCAUUUUCACAAAGGAGAACACCAUCCGGAACUGCAGCUGCUCUGCAGACAUCCGGGACUGUGAUUACAGUUUGGCCAACCUGAUGUGCAGCUGUAAAACCGUCCUGCCUUUUGCAGUAGAGAGAACCAGCUACAACGGCCAUCUGACCAUCUGGUUCACAGACACAACUGCGCUGGGUCGCCUGUUGAACUUCACGCUAGUCCGGGACCUGAAGCUUUCCCUGUGCAGUUCCAACACCCUCCCCACUGAGUACUUGGCUAUUUGUGGGCUGGAGAGGCUUCGCAUCAACUCGGAGGCCAAGCAUCCCUUCCCAGAGCAGAGUUUACUCAUCCAUAGCAGUGGGGACAUCGACUCCAAAGAGAAGCUGGUGUCAUUACACAAAGGCUGGCAAACAUGUAUGUACAUCGCAUUCUUAGAUAUGGCUCUUUUCAACAGAGACUCAUCCUUAAAAUCAUACAGUAUCGAAGACAUUGCUACCAUUGCCAAUGACUUUCCUGACUUUUCUUACUUUAAAACCUUCCCAGUGUCAAGCAACAAAAGCUAUGUUGUCACAGUCAUUUACUAACUUUGUAAACUGUGUCCAACCUCCGGGAACUUGACAAAUGAUGGAUCAUUUGAACAAGGAGUCUGGGAAUAAGGUCAUGAGACUGCUAUUCCUACUCACAGCUGUGCCUCUUAACCCCCAAACUCUGCUCACCACUGAGCCACACACAAACAACCAGCUCUCUCUGCUCUGCUCCAUGCUCAGCCUUGGCAGUUAUUUUGAAAAAGAAAGUGAAAAGAAACCAAAAAAUGAUGCAGUCUGGAGACUUGUCUCCAGAGCCUAGGUCAUUGCAACUGGGAGCCUGUGGAGACAUGUCAGACCAGAAGUGAAGAAAGCACUUCUGGCCAUUUGCACGUCAGGAACAGCUUACUGGGGCUCAUUGUAGAGUAUGACCACCGAGAAAGGCAUCUUCUUUUUGCAACAUACAAUAGUUGCCCUUUAUCUGUGGGGGAGCACAUUUCAAGACCCCCAGUGGAUGUCUGAAACAGCAGAUAGCACUAAGCCCUGUAUGUACUCUUUUUUCCUAUACAUACAUUCCUGUGAUAAAGUUUAAUUUAUAAAUUAGGCACACUAAGGGAUUAACAACAAUAACUAACAACAAAGUAGAACAAUGAUAUGCACUGUA